AUGAAUAAUGAGUGUUACAAUGUGGCCGAAUCAAGUGGAGCUAAAAUGAAAAGAUCAGAACGAGUAAAUUAUGGUGAUUCUGCAGUAGGAUACGUACAACUCAAAAGAGAUGGAAAUAUUUGUAAUGUUCAAGAAAAAGUUUGUCUAGAACACCUAGUAAAUAGUAAAGCUUACGUUGUGAAGAUGCUAGUGGAUGAAAGUGAUGAAAAAGUAAUAGAAAUUCAAUGUCAAGACUGCGCUGCUUCAGAAGGUGGCUGUAAGCAUGCCAUCGCUUUUCUUAUGUGGGUGCAUCGCAGAAGUGAAGAGCCAGAACCAACAGCAAUUGUAUGUUACUGGAAAAAACCCAGGUUAUCUAAAGUUUCAGAAAACAUCAGAAAUAUAAAAGCGAAGGAUAUGGUAAAAAUUAAAUGUCCGAAAGAUAAUUUAAGUAACUACGAUCCAGAUAAUUUUUAUAACUCGUUAUUAAUGGAAUUCCAGUCACACCAAUUUGAUUGUCAAUUGUCUAGACAUUGCAUCGAUCUAAAGGUAAAAAAUUCACUAUCAUUGCAUGAAAUGUUAAUAACAUUUUAUACCUCUGAUAAUUUUACACCUGAUGCGG